UGAGUACUUUUUUUCACUAGGGGCUUACUAGUGGUCCACUAGGAGCGCUUUCCAUUCGACCAAAAAUUCCUGUGUGAAUUUCCCGAGUUAGCUACACUGAAAAAAUUUAUAUAUCGUCGUCCACGCCUAAUGCAUCCUUUUUAAAGCUUUAGAAUCGAUAGUCGAGCAACUCCAAAGCACGUAAAAGAGGCCGAGUCUACCAUCUGUUUCCCCUUCGUUUUGUAUUUUCGCGCGAAACUUGGAACGUGAUGGCCUGGGACGGGUUAGUCCAGCCAACCGGAACAAAUACGGUUCCACUCCUCGUGAUCAGUAGAAUAUCCGGAAGAUAGCGCUCAUAGUGUAGGAAGAAAAGUACGAGGAUGUGACAAACAUGUAUCCAGCUAAAGUGUUACUGCUGAUGUUCGACUGUCAUAUACUGUGUUGUACGUGUGGCUGGAAUGUAUGUCUUGCCGAACACCAAGAGGAGUUUAAACCAUCUUGCUUGCAUGUAGAAGUAAGUUAAGUUACGUUUAAUUUACUUAAAUAAGUUACGUGUCCAAGUUAUGGUUAUUUGAAUAAUCAUAACUUACAGGUUCUUCGUAAAAGUCCAGGACAAGUCAAAUCAUGAAUCUUGUGUUCUGGUGAGCUUUAAGACGGUCCAAGCGUCGAUCGGGAGACUGCUUGACUGAUGAAACGCGCCAUUUUGAAAUCAAGUUAAUGAUUCGAUUAGCGCCCUUCCAAGCAUUCCCAAACAAUGAAUCGAUCAAAUGAAGACAUCAACGUCAACCCUCGUGGAGUCGGGGGUGGGAAUUUUAGUCGGUGGCUGUUGCAGUGGAACCCCGACAUUCCGAUAUGGCAAGGGGACAGCAAAACAGCAAAAGCGGGGGCAGCCCGGAAAUUAAAACCUGGAAACCGGAAUCCGGAAUUCGGAAUCCGCAAACCCGAAUUAUUGAAAUUGAAUAUGACGACUGAGAUAAUUCACUUCAGUAGUGUCCAAUAAAUAAGUAUGGGGAAAAAGUAUUUUUUGUUUUUGUUUUCAACUUCAACCACAAACUGUAAUAAAAAACAAAACAAAAACAAAAACAAAAACAAAACCAAACAAAAAAAAAAAACAUGACUAAUUUUAUACAACCUCUAGCUAUGCAUAUGGCCCAGUUGUUCAAAAGAUGGAUCCACUAUCGUAGGGCACUAUUCAAGCAGGGCUAGUGAGUUUUCGAGUGGAUAGAGUUAUUCAUCCUUUGUCUAGAUCGCAUUGCUUUGAGAAGACUGGUGAGCAGCACCAUAGCAAAAAGCCUGUUCUUACAGCAUUGACAUCACAGCAACGUUUGCUAGCAAUGAGUUUCUGGCAAUCGUUAAGCAUCGUUUAAAAACAUGUGGUUCGAUCCGUUCUCAAAUGAGGAGAGGACAGAAGUAAGUGCGCAACCGUUUCUAGAAAAUAUUUGAAUACGAUGGCGGAUAAGAAUAUCUGGUGGUGAUUUGUGACAGUAAAAGGUAAGGUAAAGUCUAUACGCGAGCCAGGCCGGAGCUUAUCCCGGUUUCUGUAAUGUGAAGCGACUAGGAGUACAUAUACUUCUACUCCUCCCCAGAUGGGCAUAUUGCGGACCUUUCCUUUUUAUUAAAACAAAAACUCAGCCGUACCGCUCGAUUUAUCUCGCCGAAUUUAUUUAAAUAUGCGAAUCAUGUAAAUAUGGGACCCGAAAUGUUACUGAUAUCACCUGGCAUGGCUAACAUUAGCAAGUUUAGUGUCCCAUAUUUUCAUAUAUUUGAAACAAAUUCUUGUAAAACAUCGCAUAUUUACCAAUAGUUCGGAAUGAUAAAGUGACCAUUGGAGGUGGCUUUUGUCAUAUGAAGAACGCGAACAACUGUUGAUGUUGAAAUGGCCCUUGCCAUUCUCGUCCCCAGAGCUACUCGUCUUAAAAUGUCUUUGCAUUUCGCCGACAACGUGACCAAAAGAAACGGGGGCUCUGGGUACGAGAAUGGGCCCUUGGUUGCUACGCUGGUUUGUGCGCAUACGUUCCACACAUCACGCUGGGCAUUGAUUACAUGUCACUCGCUAGGGUUGGAAACGAUGAAAUCGACAAUCGACAAUCGACAAGUAGGCAAAAUGUUCCCACUGUGAUCAAAUCAAGCUAACUGAACCUGUAAUAAAACCAGGAGCAUAUUGCCAACCAUUAACUGCUAACAGCUACAGCUAAGAUACUAACUGCUAUUUGAAAAAAAUUGUAUUGAAAUGUAACGGCAAAUCCGGUUGUACCUGCGAAUGGCAUAGUGCGCGGGAAAUAUUUGACUCUUUUACAAAUCAAAGAAAACCCGGAAGAGAAACGAUGUUUCGUUCAUUACGCCAGUUGCGUGAUCAUGGUGUGACAACAAGAUCGUUUACCACAACAACAGGCCAAAGUCCUUAGGCAAAAUAGUAUCGCAUUGUUUUCUUCAGUGACACUUCAGAUGAUGCUUGCAUAGAUAUUGUAUUUCGUCAGUAUAUAGUCUAACUUCCUUGUCGCGGGAUGAUGAAAAUGUUCUUCCAGCUAAACGGAGCUGGCAAAUAACCAGGUUUACCACCUUUCCCUUCAUUCCUUAAUCCUAAGAGAAAGGACAUCUUCUUGGCGCAAACUCGGCACUUGUAACUGCUAAACUGUGAUUUUCAGUGGUGAGAUAAUUUGGCUGACAGAGUGAAUCUGUGCUCUUCUCGGCCUCUGGGACAGCCUGACGGUUGCUGCGGUGAAUAUUUUCAAAGAAUCACUAGCAAGUUCUGGCUUCAAGAGCAGCCAUAUUAAAGCCCAAAAGAACUCAUUCUCGGACGGAAUGACGUCAUGGAUAUGCGGCCUGGCCUGCAAGAUCCUUUCAAAAUGGCGGCUCCCGGUGUCGAACUUUUCACUUCUUUUUCAAUGGGAUCGCAUCGAUUUCAGAAGCUAAAAUAACGGCUCAUUAAAACCGGUAGACAAAAUGGCAACUAAAGCAGAUGUCGAACCGAUGGACGACGACUAUAGAAAAAUCUUGAGGAGGUGCAGAGAAAUGCUCGUGAAAGACAUGGAUCCGGAAGAAGUUUUACUGAAGAUGGUAGAUCCAUUCCUAUUCACUACAGAAGACGAAAAAAGAAUAAAGUCGAGGGAACUGACUCGACAACAGCAAUGUGAAAUAUUGUUAGAUAUGCUACCAAGAAAAGGUGCAGCAGCUUAUGAAAACUUUAAAAAAACAAUUGAGAAAGUUCAUCCACAUCUUACAGGAACAAUCCUAGAAGCCGAAAACAAAGAAUUGAGAUCUGAACUCAGAAAUGAACGGAAAACCAGCGCAAACCGUCAAAGAAGACUUACACGUAGCACAGUAAAAGACGGCAUACCCGCAGAUGACGAAUUAGAAAAGUUGGGUAUUGACAUUGGAGACAUUUGGGUAAAGCUUGGGCGUCGCCUAGGUGUCAAUGAUGCAAAGCUUCGAGAAAUAGAUAAAGCUUAUGAGCUACUGUCUGAAAAGGGAUUCCGCAUGUUAAAGCACUGGAAACAAAGCAAAGGUACCGGUGCUACCUACCAGGCUUUGAGUGACGAAUUGCAACAUGAAUUUAUACUGCGCCGAGAUCUGGCAGAGAAGCUUUGUUACACUAAAGGGAUGGACAUCGCAGUGGCGUCUGGUGAACCUUCUGGGCAAAUACAAGCUGAACAGUUGAAAGGGUCACAGUCCCAGAUAGUGGAUGCUGUUGAAAAACUUAAGGCUGUUGAGUCUGAAUGCAAGGACGUAGAAAACCGUUUGAAGGAAAGACAGGAAGCUUUGAAAAAAUCCAGCAACAAACAGCCUAGCGGGAAGAAGAAAAAGAACAUUAAGAAGAUGAAGAAUAGCUCACGGGAAACUUUAGGCACCUUGACCAUCAAACUUGAUACUACUGGUGGUAAUAAACUACGAGAUCGCAUGAAAAGACAUGCAACAAUAGGAUUGGAUUGUUUCCCUCUCUCUACACUAGAAGAACUACAACGCUUUUGCUGUUAUUUAAGAGCCCAACUUAAUGCAGAGAUUAAAGAGAAAAAUGCAGGCAGUUUAAUACUGACAGUUCAUUGCCGUACUCUGGAGAUUCUCGAACGGCUGUGGGAAGAUUAUUGCUCAGGUCGCCUAGACACAGUAGCCGAGGAGUGUUUUCUUUCAGACGACGAGAGAACAAAGAAAAAAGAGGAGAUGGGAGAAGAGAGUAAAGAUGAUGCGGAUAUCGUCGGUUUAAAAACAACUAUCUCGGAGACGGAAUACUUGAGGUGCAAAACGUUUUUAACAGAAAUUUCUGGUCUCACAAGUUUAACAGACGAAGAAAAUGUUGCCAUGGAAAAGAUAACGUACAAGAACAUUCUUUUGAAGUUCUAUGUGCUGCUCCUGGAAAAGCUUGAUCCAAACGAAGUUUCCCAUCAAUUGCUGACGGCUGGUGUAUUGACCUCUGAUGAUAAAGAGAAAAUAGAAGAAAAUCCCUCACAAAAAGAAAAGAGUGCAGAGCUGUUGAUGAUAUUAGCCACGAAAGGACCGAGAGCAUAUGAGGAAUUCGUGAAAACCUUGGAAAAGGAUCAGUGUUCUUUGGCUUGUCAGCUCUUAAAGGAAGGUAUGUAGUUUGCACGCUAACAUGAAGUUGUCUCGGUGUCAAAUUUUCAAGUAUGUAAUGUGGAGACAUUGUGUAUAUAUCAAUACAAAUAUUAUAAUUUCUAAAAUGUCCAAAUAUUUUGACUGUAGAAAUUAAACAACUGUAAAAUUACGUGUGCCCAGCUAUCUCGAUGUUUGUCAUAUGUUCUUAUUAAUCUCUCCGUGGCAUGGCCAGAAAUUCCGGACAUCGAGUACAGACAAGGGUGAUGAGGGUUCUGGCACAGCAGUGAUCAAGGAGGAAGAGAACGGGCAAAAUAAGCCUCCCACGCUUAACUUCCCUCACAAGUAUCGGGAAGUUAAGUGUCGGAGGCUUAUUUUGCCCGUUCUCUUCCUCCUCGAUCACUGCUGUGUCCAGAACCCUCAUCACCCUUGUGUGUGUCACGCAAACAGUACAGCAGUAAAACAAAAAAUUGGCUGACAUCGCGGGUCCAGCGAAGCUGUAAUGUCUGUAAUCAAUAUGCACGGAUGUGCCCCUUCACUAGUAUAUACAAAAAUGUGCCAGAAAUAUUUUCGUAUUGAAGAAGCAUAUGCACUGUAUAUACGCCGAGAUGGCUGCAGCGCAACUUUCCGUGGCCAUUCAAAGCCUCCCUCCAGAGCUUCGCGAGAUGAUUCUCAAGGAGUACAUCGCGAUAAAAAUCAAGGAAAAAAGGGAAAUGGGGUGGGGCAAGGUCCACGAGAAUAUUUCAAAACUACCUUUCUGCGAAUUCAAGCAGCAAAUUGUGCGAAUGGUAAUUUGCUUUGAAUAUCCGGAUUGCUAUUUCGAGAAUUGUUGUUUCCCCUGUUUCGAAAGGGAGGGAACUAUUCAUAAACCCUCGCUAAGGCUGCCGAAGGAGCCAAAACUUCUCAUAGAAGCCGACCCCGAUUACAAGAAUUUUUUGGAAAUAUUCUCCUGGAACGGUUACGAUUGGCACGAGUGGUUCCUUUUUGGCGCGGAGCGUUAGCGAAAAACUUCAGCAUCCGCCUCAACCAUCGCAACGACGACCUCGCGCGAAACAUCGCGAGCCUCUUUUUGCCACUCAGGUGUGAAGUAUUCAUUCACAAGAAGCGCGACCAAGUGGAAGCAGACAAUCAUGUUUUUAUAACAUGCAAAC